CUUCAGAUACCAGCAAAGUAUUUGAAAAACAUUGCACAAGAAAUGUGUAAAAAAUUUCCAGGUACAUUUGAAGAUCGAGACGACGACGGUGUUCUUAUUGGAGAAGGUUAUCAUGGAGUAUUUUUUAAAUUGCAAGAUAGAAUAAAGUAUUUGAAUCGAACUUCAAAUAAACGAAUCGGCGAUUUCGACAAAAUAGACAUUCCUUUGUGUAAGAAAAAGCAAAUGUUGUCAUCAAAAGCAGGAUGCAGUUUUUGGGAUCCUCCAGUCCCAUCAAAUGACUCAGAUUUAAAUUCCUUAGAAACGGCGCAACAGUUAUUACAGACCAAAACGUGUGAAGUGGAAUUUUCUGCUGACACUCUCAAGUUAUUAGAUCUCACCUAUUCGGCUCAGAGAAGAUAUUUAAACCAAGAGGAUCCACCAUCGAUAGUCAAUAUAAUGAAACAUUGGCCCAUUCUCCUUUGUCAAUCGGGUAUUUAUUGGCAUUUUAACAAAUUAAUGGAUAAAGAUAUUAACGAAUUAAGUAAAGCCAUGUUCAAAAAGGCCGAAAAUAUUAUACAACUUGGGGUAGAGAAAAAGUACAUUACAGAGAUUCCAGAAGCAGAGGAUGCAAAACUAAUCUGCGUUUUACAAGUUAUUUCAAAGUUUUUUACUGAAAGUUUAAAUUUGUUGUAUGCGCAGAUACCUGAGAAUGACGACACCUACAGAAUUUUACCCAAGAAUCAUAACAGUGCUCCGUGGAUUGCUGCAGUGGGAAGCGAAACUCAAAGCAAUAUGAAAUACCACGUAAUUGUGGAAAACCAAAAAUUAAUAAUGGAACAGAUACACUGACGCAUGCCAUACAGCAAAUGUUUGCAAUAUAUUAUAAUUUUAAUCUCGCUUAUCCCCAAGGAUUAUCACAUAUUUUAGAAUUUAUGCAAACGUAUUUUUUUUUAAUUCAACCCGAGCAGGGCACAAAGAGUACAAGGAAAACAUCUCAGAUGAAACUUUUGUCCAUUAUAAAAAAAUUACGUGACAGAAAGGGAUCAUAUUGGUGACUUUGAUGAAUACAGAGUAAAAAUUCUAGAUAUUGUUAAAAAAAAACACUCUGAUAUAGUGCUG